AUUUACCAAAAGCAAGCCUGUGGUAAGUUUUUAAGUGUUAAUUUAAUUAAAAGUGAGGAAAAUAAUAGAAGAGGGGGAAAGGAUCAGCUUCAUAACAAAAAAAUCUUACUUUUUGUGAAACUAGAAAUGGAGCUUCCGUGUACCUAUAGACAUUGUUCCUUUAUCGAUAAAUCAGUUUAUACAUGCAAAUUCUUUAAACAAGACAUUCCCGAGAAUGGUCAAAUUAUGCCGAAAGGAUUACAUCAACUUUAUCAACAAGGCAAUAAAUUAAAUAACAAAAAUAUUUUUGCUGUAAUAUUUAUUGAGUGUAACAUCACAAAAGUACCGCGGGGACUGAAAAAAUUGUUUCCAAGAAUGAAAAUUUUAAGUAUUUGUAGUUCGACAUUAAAAGUUGUGACAAAAGCAGACUUAAUUGAAUAUAAGAACAUUGAAAGAAUUGGAUUUUGUGACAAUCAAAUUGAAUUUUUGCCUGGGAACCUGUUUGAAGGGUUUACAAACUUAGAAGAAGUUUCAUUUAAUGGAAAUAAGUUAAAGCUCAUCGAACCGAACAUUUUGGAUAGUCUACAGUAUUUAAAAACUGUUAACUUUAAUGAUAAUCCAGGUUACAAAAAAUGUUUUUCAUCAAUUAAGGGUUUUGAAUCGAAUGCGACACUCGAUGAAGUCAAAGACGAGCUUUUUGUUAAAUUUUAUAGAGAUUUUAUGAAAAUUAAUGAUUUUCUUAAAAUUGAAGAUGAAAAUCAGGAUUUAAAGAAGAAAAAUCAAUCGCUGAAUGUUGAAAAUUUAAUAUUGAAAGAAAACAGUUUAUCUUACCAAAGCCGUUAUUUAAAAUGCUUAAAUGAGAUCCAGCGUUUAAAAGAUCAACUCAAAAAACGGGGACAAGAUUAUUCACAAAUUAAUCAAUCUGAUAUCAAAACAUUCCUUGAGACUGAUGAGACCUUUAGAGACUUCAGUAUCCAAAUUGGCAAUCGAGAAUUUCCAGUACACAAGUUCUUGCUCGCAGCACGAAGUCCAACUUUGGCUGAACUACUGAAAAACAACCCUGAAGUUGAAAAUCUAAAAUUGGUUGACAUUUCUAUGGAAACUUUUGAGAUAAUUCUUAAAUUUCUCUACACUGAUGAACUUCCAGGCGAAGCUGGGACGAACUUUUUGCAUCUUUUUGCAGCUGCAGGGAAGCUGAAGAUCCAGGAACUUAAGAAUUAUGCAGCAAUUAAGCUGAUUGAUCAAACAAACGAGGACAAUGUGAUCGACAUCCUAAAUGUAAGCAAAAAAUAUGAGCAUGAAGAAUUGAGGACAAAAGCAUUUAAAGUAGUCAAGAAAAAGUACCCAAAAAUUGAAUUUAAGGAUGAAUGGGCAGCAAAUCCAGAAAAAUUGAUUAAAAUUAUUGAAAUCAUCAAAAAAAAAGAAGAAGCUGUCAGAAAAAUCGAAGAAGCAUUUAAAGAAUUGGGAAAAAAAUAA